CCAGACUCAUAGAUUUCAUAUGUCCUCAAAAAGUCCUUCCAGAAGUCUAACCCACAUCCUUCCUGUUGCAGCCCUGCCCCCUCCCUUCCUCAUGUCUCCUCAAAGCAUGACCCAUAAGCACCUUGUGUGGCUUAUCCUUGAGGCUGACCUCCCCAUUCCCACUGCUCAGAACAGGCCCAGAGGCAGAGUGGGAGAUUUUCCAGAGAGAAAGAAAUAGAAGCCAGGAGAGAUGAGAGAGAGAGAAAGGGAAGUUCUAGUUUGGGGUGAGGGAGCAGAGAAAGAAUCUGGAGGGAUGAAGGUCAGGUAGCAGUAAGGACUUCCUAACACCUAAACACAGAGUGACACAGAUACCCCCCACCGCUAUACCACCGCUAUCUAUAGCUGCGUGGCUUCCGGGGGUGGGACAAUCGUCUUAAGGCUUUCCAUGACGUGGGUCCUCUGCCAGAACUAAGGCUGUGGGUAAGGCGACAUUUCCUGCCCCUGGGGCCAGGGUGAAAGGAGAGAUGAAGAGUUGCUGAGUGUGCACACCUUUCCAGAGCACAUACACACACCCUGCUCUGGGAUCCCUUGUCAGGCUGCCCCCAUGGAGUUCCCCCUGGCCCAGAUAUGUCCCCAAGGGAGUCACGAAGCCCCCAUCCCAACCUUCAGCACCUUCCAGAUCACGGACAUGACCCACAGGAGCUGCUGGAACCUGGGCUACACUGCGGCAUCUCCCCAGGCCCUGGAAGCUGCCUCCAUCCCAGGGAAUGCUGCGAAGGCAGAGGAGGUGCCUGGAGAAGGAAGCCUGUCCCUGCAGGCCGAGACCCGGGCUUGGUUCCAGAAGACCCAGGCCCACUGCCUCCUGCAGCAUGGGGCAGCCCCUGCCUGGUUCCAUGGCUUCAUCACCCGGAGGGAGGCAGAGAGGCUGCUGGAGCCCAAGCCUCAGGGAUGCUACUUGGUGCGGUUCAGCGAGAGCGCGGUGACCUUCGUGCUGACUUACAGGAGCCGGACUUGCUGCCGCCACUUCCUGCUGGCCCAGCUCGGGGACGGGCGCCACGUGGUGCUGGGCGAGGACAGCGCCCACGAACGGCUGCAGGACCUGCUGCGGUACUACACGGCGCACCCGCUCAGCCCCUACGGGGAGACGCUCACCGAGCCGCUCGCCCGCCAGACUCCUGAGCCUGCAGGACUUCCCCUGAGGACCGAAGAAUCAAACUCUGGAAGCAAAAGCCAGGACCCAAACCCCGAGUACAGCCCAAUCAUCAAGCAGGGGCAAGCCACAGUCCCAAUGCAGAAAGAAGCGGCCGGGGAGAAGGAGCCACUCAGGCCCAAGCCUCCCAUCCCUGCCAAACCUCAGCUGCCUCCAGAAGUUUACACGAGCCCUGUUUCACGACGCCUCCCGGCCCUACCCCCCAAGCCCUCCAAUCCUAUCUACAACGAGCCUGAUGAACCCAUAGCCUUCUACGCCAUGGGCUGGGGCAGCCCCGGGGAAGCCCCCAGCAACAUUUAUGUGGAGGUGGAAGAUGAGGGCCCACCUGCCACCCUUGGGCACCCUGUCCUACGGAAGAGCCGGUCCAGGCCUGUCCCAGGAGGCCAGAAUACAGGUGGCUCCCAGCUGCAUUCUGAGAACUCUGUGAUUGGGCAAGGCCCUCCCCUGCCCCACCAGCCCCCACCCGCCUGGAGACACACCCUCCCCCACAAUCUUUCUAGACAGGUGCUUCAGGACAGAGGACAGGCAUGGCUCCCCCUUGGGCCUCCUCAGUAGGCGGUCCGGCCUGACCCCCAACAAAGAAGCCUGGAGGUCAGAGAAGCAAAUGUGGAGCCUGCUCCCUCCUAAGAGAUCCCAAGAAUCCAAUGGCUCAGUCCUUGAUGAUCUAAGACAGCAAAGAAGUGUGCGAGGAGGGCCCUGCUGGCUCUCACUGUCCUGGUUUCUCCUCCUGGAGUCUAAUUUCCUUGGCCCUCUGAGCCUUUGAAUCUGGGCCCUGGUCCAAUGCUGCUGUUGUCUGAGGAAUGGUUUGGUGAGAACAGAUGUUAGAACUUGUUUGUUGAUUCUUGUCUGGCUAAUAAAUCAUCACCAACUGCCUUCCCCUACAGGGA